AUGGGGAAAACAAAUAAUAAUAAAGGACCGAGAGAUCGUCAGCACCCAGACGAGUCUGCCUUCUUGCUUGAGGAUAUUGAAGAACAAGAAGGCCAACAAGUCAAAGUAGCAGCACAAGCACCACCAUUACCGACCCAUCGAAAAGUAGUUUCCUUGUUUGCUGGAAGCAAUCCACACCAAAGACGAACCCGUCCGCCUCGUGGUGGUGGUCGUGGUGGUGCACAUCAUAGAAGCUUAUCCUCGUUUAGCGACAUGUAUCAUGCGGUACGAGACUAUCCAAUGGGCGAAGACAUGCGUCAAGUGGGAGAUGACAUCAAGUCUGGCUUUGUUCACAACAUGCGAGAAUUGGAUCAGGGAAAGAAUCUGUUUCUGGACAUGUCCAUGACUCGAUCCCUCAGUGUCUUGCCCGAGGAUAUUUCCGAUUUUGCCUUUGAACUGACAACUCCAAGACACAAGGCAGAGGAAGAAUACGAACAAGAAGAGGAAGACGAAAUAACGAAAACACUUCCACCAACCACACUGUUUCACUAUCUCGGACUCUUUCUCGCCGUCUUUGCCGUGUCCAGCAAAGCCACUUGCUUUCACAUGUUGGAUGACGUGGAAGCACCACUCAAACAGUAUUGGAAAAUGACUGCCACCUCUGUCUUUCUCCUUCCAUUUGCCGUCCACCUAUAUCGCAACGAAGGAUUGCCACAAUUGUCCCUGUGGCAAUGGAUUACAUUCAUGGCGGCCAUUGUCUGUUACAGUGUCCAGGCGGUCCUCUUUGUCAAGGCAUUGGAAUAUACCACGGUGGGAAAUGCUUGCAUUUAUGCCAACUCACAAGCUCUUAUACUAAUCCUGGGCAAGGGUUGUGUCGGCGAUCCCAUUCAUUGGCUCGAAGGGUUGGGAGUCUUUAUUGCCUUUUCCGGGGCCGUUCUGUGUACCCUGGAUGCGGAAUCCCAAUCGGAAGUAGAUAAUUUGGAUGGUACCGAUGGUACUUUUGGAGAUGCCUUGGCAUUUCUAAGUGCCAUUGCGGGUGUCUCCUACUUGACCUUUGCCAAAUCAGUUCGGUCGGGAAUGUCGGUCACUGUCUUUGUGUUUGGUGUCAUGUUCUUUGGGCAACUAUUUGUGCUACUCUUUAUGCAGCUGACAUCGAGUAGUCUAGAGUACAACUUUGACAUGGACGAUGGAGUCUUUGGUUGGCUCAAUGAGCAUAGAUUGCCAAUCAUGAUUUACUUGGUGUUGGUGGUCAAUUCGGUUGGAACGAUGGGAUUUGUACGAGCAAUGGAGCAUUUCGAUACUCUUCUGAUUGCGGUCGCCACAUUGAUGGAACCACUCAUGGCGUCACUUAUUGCCUUUGUGUUCCAUGCCGGUUUGUUGCCUGGACCACUUGGCUGGGUGGGAAAUCUAUUGGUUGUCAUUGGAACGUUGGGCGUGGUCUAUCCAUCCAUUGGCAAGGGCGAUGGAGCCAUGGCUCACUAG